AUGUUCAUGUUUAAGCACGAUCUCCGCCCCGCAGCGCGCCAAUCGAGUGUUUUUGGCGGUGGAGCCCCCGCGACAUUUUUCUCCGCCCUAGCUCCGUCGAGCUUGACUCCAACAACCUUCAAUCGAAAUCCUCAACCCCCCCAACAAUCCACUACCGACCCCUCAAAUCAAACUCGCCGCAAUGCCCCAAACACCACCAGCCACCGCGCCUUCCUCCCCUCCCGCUCCCCAGCAAACAGCCUCUCAGCCCUCGCCAUCGAAGAGCGCGCCCUCCGCCUCCGCAAGCAAAACAUCGCCUCCUUCGGCUCAUCCUGGAUCCGCCCCGCCGGCUGCGCAAAGACAAUGCUAGGUAUGAAAGAAGAAGAAGCCGAGCGCGAAGAAGCACUCGCCGCAGCACAGAGCCAAAUGGGCGCCAUUGACGAGGGCAUAAUGGAAGACGACCUAGGUCUAACAGCGGAAGAAGAAGACGAAGGCAUGGAGCGCGAUCUAGACGACGAGAUCCCCGAGGCGGAGGGCCUGAUCGAGGAAGGCGAGGAUCUAUCAGGCGAGGACAUCGACGAAGAGGGGUAUAUGGAGCGGGACUUGGACGACGAUAUUCCCGAGGCAUACCCCGAGGACGACUACGAUGAUUCGGCACUCUAUGAGGAGGAGGUUGAUGAGGAUUUCGACAAUCAGCCUGAUCUCGACGCGGACGUUCCCUCCGCGGAUGAGGGCUUUCAGCAAAGUUUCAUGACGGGGAGUGAGGGGGCUAGUCGGGAUUUGGACGAUGAUAUUCCUGACGCGGCGGAGGAUGGGUCCGAGCAGGAGGGCGAGUGGCAGCACACUGAUACGGAAGAUGAGGAUGAAGGGGAUGAGGAUGGGGACGAGAAUGCUGAGCAGCAGGGUAGCUCACUCCGGCCUCGAAUGAAUGGCAAUUUCCGCACCAGUACGCCGAAUAGUCGGGGUGGGUUGCCUCCGCCGCCGCCGUUGCUGCGGAGGGAGCGGGAGACUGAGGCUCAGCGCCGGUUUAUCAAUCGGUGGAGUGGUGGGGGUGAUGCCUUGGAUUCGAGUAGCAUUAUGUUUGAGGAGGAUGAUCUUCGUGCUUCGGUUACCAGCCAGAGCAGUCGUCGCAGUGGCUUUGGUCGGAGAUUCCCUCGUCAUGUUGGUGGGCCUCGUGAUAGUCUUAACUGA